UUACUGUCAAGCAAACCCAGAAAAUGGCGGCAAGCGGCGGCGGCUUCCUUCCUCUUCCCGCACGCAUUCCUUUGUCGUGUCCACUCCACUGCCAUCCAUCACCCUCGCUCCCUCUCUGCCUCAGUCUCUGUCUGUUACCGAUGUCUCCAGUCCUCUGGCUCACCUCACUCCUCUUCCUCGUCCACUCGGCCGCCGCCGACACCAGGCGGGCGCUGCACGAGCCGCUCUUCCCCAUCGAAUGGACCCCGCCGCCGUCCACUACGGCGCCACCAGCACCGGGAUUCGCCUCCGAUCCCUCCACACCCGUCCCACCCGUCGACAACGGCGGGCCGGCGCUACUCCCCGCUCCUCCGCCACCGAACACUGUCGCCGCGGACGCCUCUUCAUCCCGCACAGGCCCGGGCCCGCGCCCCCACGGCGGCGGCGGAACACCCAAGGCCGCCAUUGUCGUCGCCUCCGCCGCCGCGGCGGCCGUCCUCGCGCUGCUGGCCUUCGCCGCCGCGUUUCUCCUCACGGGCCGUCUCGCGCGGCACCCCGCGUGGGCGCACAAACCCCCCGGCCUCGCCGCCGCCGCGCACCCUGGGCCUGCCUCCGCACUCGUGCUGCACGCUGACGCGGUGGGCACCUCGGCGGCGGCGGCGGCCUCGUCGUCGGGUGCCACUGCCACACCGCACCGGAAGGCCCGCUCGGAGCGCGCGAGGCGGGGCAUGUGCCGCGACGUCGACACCGUCCCGAGCCCAGAACUCAGGCCGCUCCCGCCGCUUCGGCGCGCGGGAUCGUCCGACGAGGACGCCGCGUACUACACACCGGGCCAGCGCUCGGCGGUGUCCGCCGGCGGCGAGGGCGCCGGGACGUGGAGCCAGGCGAGCGCGUCCAGCCCACGAACCACCACUCCCUCCCGCCAAAGCCUCCCCAGCCUCACCAGCGAUUUUUUCCCACCGACGCCGGCCGCCGCCACGGCCGUUCCAGCUGCAACCGUGGCGCCUCCUCCGCCCGCACCUCCUGCGCCACGCUCCCGACGCACUCUGCCGCGGACCCGCUUUUCCGCCGGCUCCGCCUCGGAUAUGAAUAUGAUCAAGCAAAUUGUCUCGCCAUCCUCCAACCUACCACCGCCACCUCCUCCUCCUCCACCGCCGCCGCCGCCAGCGCCAAGACGCACCAACGCAAUCCCAAAGCCUCUGACAACCGCUACACCAUUAUCAACGCGUCGGCUUCUCAAACAAGAGCAAACAGAGGGGCCAAGUGUCGCUGUGCCGAGAGCACCCGUCGUGGCGGUGAACAAGGACAAUGACGGCAUGCCAAUUCGGACGAACGAUGAUCAUGCCGGUGACGAAGCCCGUCCCAAGCUGAAGCCGCUGCACUGGGACAAGGUCCGGGCGUGCUCCGACCGCGACAUGGUCUGGGACCGGCUCAAGUCUAAUUCGUUCCAGUUGGAUGAGGACAUGAUCGAGGUGCUUUUCACGAACAAUGCUGCAAAUGCACCUCCUAGGGACACACUGAGAAAACCUGGAGUGCUGCAAUGUAGUGCCAAAGAGAAGGUCCUUGAUCCUAAGAAGGCACAGAACAUUGCCAUCCUGCUGCGCGCGCUGAAUGUCACUCCGGAAGAGGUCUCCGAUGCACUGCUAGAUGGCAAUGCUGAAUGCCUGGGUGCGGAUUUGUUGGAAACCUUGGUAAAGAUGGCUCCUACGAAAGAGGAAGAACUGAAGCUUCGAAACUUUACCGGGGACUCAUCGAAGCUUGGUUCCGCAGAGCGGUUUCUCAAGGCAGUGCUUGACAUACCUUUUUCUUUCAAAAGAGUUGAUGCUAUGCUCUAUCGAGCAAAUUUUGAGAGCGAAAUCAAUUACCUCAGGAAAUCUUUCGAAACAUUAGAGGGAGCUUGUGAUGAUUUAAAAAGCAGUAGAUUGUUCCUGAAGCUACUUGAAGCUGUCCUGCGAACUGGGAACCGAAUGAAUGUCGGCACAAACCGCGGUCAGGCAAAAGCUUUCAAGCUGGACACUCUACUCAAGCUCGCAGACGUCAAAGGGGCCGAUGGUAAAACCACCUUGCUGCACUUCGUUGUCCAGGAAAUCGUGCGGUCGGAAGAUGCAAAAUCCGAGAAAGCCGUAGAAGACGAAACCAGAAGCAUCGUGAAAGACGAAACGUUCCGUAAGCAAGGAUUGAAGGUUGUAUCUGGGCUGAGCAAUGAGCUCGGCAACGUCAAGAAAGCAGCGGGCAUGGAUUUCGAUGUGCUGCACAGCUAUGUAUCCAAGCUCCAGGCCGGCCUUAGCAGGAUCAAGUCGGUCCUCCUGCUCGAGGAGCAGUGCGCCCAAGGCCACGGUUUUUUCGCGAGGAUGCGUGGUUUUCUCGAGGAAGCUGAGAUGGAGAUCCAACAGGUGAGGUGCGACGAGGAGAGGGCUCUGGGAAGGGUGAAAGAGAUCACCGAGUAUUUCCAUGGCGAUGCCGGAAAGGAGGAAGCGCACCCUCUGAGGAUCUUCAUGGUGGUGAGGGACUUCCUGUCCAUGCUGGACCAUGUAUGCAAGGAGGUCGGCCAGCAGGACAGGACGGUUGUUGUUGGAUCCGCAAGGUCCUUCCGCAUGUCAGCGACCACGGCAAUGGCGAACCUCAAAGUGUACGGCCAGCACGCAAGAGACAACGACGACGACGAAGAGAGUUGGUCGCUGUAGGAAAUCGGGGUCAGGGACCACGGAGCCAAACGAACAGAACCAACCACAAGAACCCUAUAUAGAUGAGUAUUAUUGUUUCAUCUUACCAUAUAGCGCACAUAUGUAACUUUUGAUAAGUACGAAGAUAGGAUCAAAUUACGUUGUAUAAUUAUGGAUGCACCGGAUUCUUUCUUGUACGAAGAUAGGAUGAUUUUUUGAGCCUAGAGCACCCGAAAAACCAUUCAAAACU